AUGGCCCUCUCAACACCCUGCAACAUCGUCGCCAACCCAUCUUUCGAGUCAGGCAAUCUAUUCCCCUGGUUCCCGUCUGCCCUCAACGUGGCCAAGAUAAGCAAUGCAACUGAAGCAUAUGACGGGGAUUACUACCUUGACUUGCAAACCGCCAUUGGAAACCGAGGCAACACCAUCUCUCAACCCUUGAGAAACCUCGACCCCGGCGUCGAUUACACCUUCAGCAUGCAGGUGCAAGCGGCGGCCCCCAGCGCGAAUUACUGCUCUUUCUAUGUGUACAUGGGCAAGAACUCGACUACGGGUUUCGUGGCUACUGAUACACUGCUUAACUCUGGCGAGUGGACGUCCAUCUCCGGCCAUUACCGGCCGAGGCUGGCGCAGGAGUAUCUGAAUAUCGUGGCUAGCUGUACCUUUGAGGGAUCUUCUUAUCUGGGGAGGGUGUUUAUUGAUGAUGUUGUGCUUGCUCCAACGAACUGUGAGGAUGAUGUGUAG